UUCUGUCACAGCAGAGCAGUUCGUGAUUUUUUUUUGUAUGCAACAUAACGGGAUUCAUGGUGGGAGCGUUUCCUUUCAUCAAUGUGCAUUGAUGUAGCAGAAAACGUGGAGGAGAUAAGAACCCUUAUCUCGGCACCUGGAACCUUUGGACGGGAUUUCAUUGAGGACAGUCAGCAAUUAAAAGGAUUUCGAUUCUUGUCUAAAUCGGGAAUUACACAUCCAAACUGGGAUCUAUGAGCGGAAAAGUGGCGAAGCCUAAAGAAGACAAGGAUGCUUCCAAGGUCCAGGAUGACGCUGCCCCAGGUACCCAGGAGUACAUUAUGUUACGGCAGGACUCCAUCCACUCUGCGGAUAUAAGGAGUAAAGGGUCCCCCUUUCGUGCUAAGUGUCACGAAAUCUUCUGCUGCCCCCUGAAGCAAGCCGUCCACAAAGAGAGCGCAGAGCCCGAAGAGCCCCAGCUGAAGGGGAUUGUGACGAAGCUGUACAGUCGACAAGGUUUCCACCUGCAGCUGCAGGCAGAUGGAACCAUUGAUGGAACGAAGGAGGAGGACAAUGGUUACACCAUGUUUAACCUUAUUCCAGUGGGGCUGCGAGUGGUGGCCAUCCAGGGGGUGCAGACCAAACUCUAUCUGGCUAUGAACAGUGAGGGCUACCUGUACACAUCAGAACACUUUACGCCAGAGUGCAAAUUCAAGGAGUCGGUGUUCGAGAACUAUUAUGUGACAUACUCCUCCAUGAUAUACCGGCAGCAGCAGUCGGGCAGGGGCUGGUACCUCGGUCUGAACAAGGAGGGAGAAAUCAUGAAGGGGAACCAUGUCAAGAAGAACAAGCCAGCAGCCCACUUCCUUCCCAAACCUCUAAAAGUGGCAAUGUAUAGAGAGCCAUCCCUCCAUGACUUGACAGAGUUCUCCCGCUCCGGCAGCGGCACACCUACUAAGAGCCGGAGUGCCUCGGCUGUGCUCAACGGAGGCAAAGCCGUGAGCCAGAAUGAGUCGACGUAGCCCGGUAGCCGAACCUAGGCCUGGGGCCGAACCACGAAACCUUACCUCCAGCAGAGCGUGAAUCCAAGCAGACUUCUCUCACUGAUCAGCGGUUCAGGACUAGCUACGACAACAAACCACACACAAGCCCCCAGACACCAUCAAUAAAAAAACAGCUAGGUUCCAUCCUGGUCAAUCAUCAUCAAACAGCAUUAAUAGUAAGACACUUAACAGCACAUAAAACCAUUCUGGAAAACAAACUUUAUUUUGGGCUUGAGAUUUAUCUAUUACCUUGAUUGCUCUCUUUUGGUGAUGAUCACAUACCAGUUAGCUCAUCUUUAUCUUAUUUUAUUUUUAUUAAUUUCCUGUGGACAGAAACUUUUCUUAGGUCAUGUAGACACAAAGCACUCAUGCAUCUGUCAGACAGGGACAGGAAGUUAGGCAUGUAGGCAUUCAAGGCAGCCAGUAAUGGUGCUGGUCUACAAGGCUGCAAUGGUACAGUACAAGUCCUGAUCUCUGUCUCAUCCAUGCUUCUGUGAAUACAAAGCCUAUAAACUCCCUGGUGUGGCACAGCCUAGUGCUGCUGGGACUGUGGCCAGCCAGACGGUAGCUCUCCUGCGUCCUAGUGCACACGCUCAGAGACUGAGCUCUCUAGCAUGGGAAAAUGAAGCCUAUGUUCAGCUGACCUGAAAUAUAAGGGACAGUGUGGCUCUCUUGCAGUUUUUGUUUCCUUUCAGAAAUGCCACAGCUGCACCUUGGUUUUUUGCUAAUUUUCUGAAUUAGCUGAGAGCUGUUUAUUUGAUAACUGAAUUUGAUUUUGUCCCCUCUUGUUCUCUUCCCUUACCAUUGUUCAGUAUUUGUACUUUUUUGUUGCUGUUUCAUCAUUGAAAGAGGUUCCAGCAAACCAAAGACUGAACGAAAGAGUGUCCCUUUAAGCCGCUGAAAACCAAGCCAGUAUAAAGGCAAAGCUGGAAUUUUUUUUUCAUUGUACAUUUUUGAUGAAAGAAGGAAAGAUUUUGUGGGGAAAAAGGAACAAUGGACAAAGGAAGUGAUUUUAAACUCUGAAGUUGGCAGCGUGCUUUAUGUUGUGCUUUUUGCUGAUAUGCUCGACGGCCGAAGUAUGAAACGACUAGUCUGUGUCCCCAUUCCCUUCUGUUACCACUGUGUCACAAUGUCUCCGUCUCUUGUCCUCGUGAUCUGUUUCCCCUCUCUGUGCUUGUGUCAUCCUUCAACCCUUCCCCCACCGCACCAUACUUUUUUGUCAGCUUAUAUUGAUUGAUACAGUUCACCAUAUGAAUAUGGUGCAAGCCCCUUCCCAGGAUGCUUGUUAUGUGUUUGAGUAACUUAUUGUGGUGACAAUAUUUUCUAUAUUAAAAAAAAAAAGAAUACUGUGGACUUUUAGGUGGCUUAACAUUUUAUAGGACACGUCAUAUUUGUAAAAGUGAAAAAAAGAAAAAACACACAAAAAUGAACAUCUUCCCUUUCUUGCACAGGGCAUGUACAAACACAAUUAUGUACAAAAAGGACCCCUUUUUGUGGGCUAGGUACUCUUCCCUUCAGCUACAUAACUUCUUUCUGGUACAUGCUUCUGGGAGGCUUUCUUUUCUUGGUUUCCUCCAGAGGUUGUAUUAGGUGAACCUAUCUGUUGCAUGGGAGAAGGCAGGGAAAUUCUGGUCUAGAGCUGCAUGAUGUAGGCUAUGUGUAUUAACCCAUGUUGGAUCAUGUGUUCCAAACUACCAGGCUAAAUCUGAUAAAACAACAUUUACAGGCAGACAUUGUGGCUGCCUGAUAACUUCCAGUUGUUUAUUGUUUGUUGUAUACAC